GAAGAGGACGAGGCUGUUAGCGCCGAGAUUCUGGAACCGCUGUCCUCCAAUCUGUCCAGAGUGUCUCCGCUCAGCUCCUGGCUCAUCUUCAGAAGGAACUCCAACAAGGGGGACAACCGGAGAACCAAAGGGCCCAGGAAACCCUCCAAGCAUGGCCUUCCAGGACCUCCAGGACCUCCAGGACCCCAGGGGCCUCCGGGACCCCCUGCCACCCUCCUGCCUCAGCAGCAGGAACUCCUCCAGGAGCUGCAGCUCAAACUGAGAGGAGCAGUGUGUUUUCAGUGUGAUGGUCCUCCUCGUGUCUCCGCCUCCUUCCUCAGUCGCCUCCUGCAGGUCGUCAUCAUCCCCCGUCGUAGCCUGCUGGAGCUGCAGCCAUUCAGCCAGCCCUCAGACUCAGAGCAGAGCCUCCAGAGGGGGCGGAGCUUCAACAGCAGCAGCGGUCGGUUCACAGCCGCCGUCUCCGGGUUUUACCAGCUGACCGCCAGCCUGCUGAUAGAGACAGGAGACCGAGUCCAGCUGAGACUCAGAGACAGCGUGAGGGCUGCGAUCUGCAUCGAGUCCCUCUGCCAGAGCCACCUCUCUGUGGAGUCGGUGAUGGGCGUCGCAGCAGCCGGAGGAACUUUCAGCAUCUUACUGACGGGAACUCUUUACCUUCAGGAUGGAGAGUACGUGUCCGUGUUCCUGGAUAACUCCAGCGGUUCCUCCGUCAGUGUUCUGCAGAACUCUCUGUUCUCUGGGAUUCUGUUUGGAGUCUGAACUCUUCAUCAGCUGAUGGUCUCCUCGUCAUCCUCACAUCUUCAUCAGCCGAUGGUCUCCUCGUCAUCCUCACAUCUUCAUCAGCCGAUGGUCUCCUCGUCAUCCUCACAUCUUCAUCAGCCGAUGGUCUCCUCGUCAUCCUCACAUCUUCAUCAGCCGAUGGUCUCCUCGUCAUCCGCACAUCUUCAUCAGUCGAUGGUCUCCUCGUCAUCCUCACAUCUUCUUCAGCCGAUGGUCUCCUCGUCAUCCCACGUUUCCCUCAUGUGACCUCAGGUCAAAGGUCACAUGAUCCCCUGAGAACCGGUUGCCUUUGAUGCCGUGGUGUUUGCUGCAGCGCCACCUGGUGGAUAGUUAGGAACUGAUGACUGGAUGCUUUACUUUAUUAUUUUACAUUUUAUUCUUUCUAUUGAAGUUUGCUAAACCGAUAAAGAAUAAACAGGAUUCCUUCUCUGAGCAUCAGAUUUAAUGAUUGUAUCACUUUCAUGUUAAUAUUUAUUCUCUGGCCGUCAUAAACAAGUUGUGAAUAUUUCAAAUAAUAAAUUUGUCUGUCAGAACUUCA